GAAUAUGGCGGAUUGUGAGGAAGUGCAAGUUGAGGUAGAAGAACCGGCAACGAAGAAGGCUAGAGUUCAGGCCGAUAUUAAAGAGUGUGGUGAAAAUUUACAUACAGUAUUGAAAGACUUUUCCGAAUUCCAACAGACACGAAUUUUAAGUGAUAGUAGUCAGAGAAAAACCAUAUGCAUUGAAGGCUCAUUUAAUAAUCGAGAGGGAAAAGCAAUUGUAUUGUUAGAAAAGAAACCUUUUAAUGAAGAAAUAUUGAAGAAUACUUUGAAUUCGAAUUGUGUGCUACAGAAGGAAUUCAGCAAUGAUAUAUAUGGAUUUUAUGAAUUCUUUCCCAGCGUGAAAUACAGUGGUAUUAAAACCACAGUAAUAUAUCCAGCAACAGAGAAGCACAUUAGAAAAUAUCAGUCCCAAGACAUUCAUUUAAUUGAGGAGACACCAGAGCUGUACGAGUCAGUUACACUACCACAUCUGCAGAAAGAAAAAUUUAGUUUGCAGUGGGUCACCAACAUACUUGAACAUAAAUCAGAAACUGACAGAGUUGUGUUUGAGGAUCCCAGUCCUGAGAUUGGUUUCAUUUUGCUGCCAGAUUUAAAAUGGGAUGGUAAGCAGAUCGAAGAUCUGUAUCUGGUGGCCAUCGUUCAUCAGAGAGGAAUCAAGUCUCUCCGUGAUCUAAACAGUUGUCAUUUGCCACUUUUAAAGAACAUUAAGGGAAAGGGAAUAAAGGCCAUUGAGGAGAAAUAUGGCAUUCCGUGCUCUCAAUUGCGGAUUUAUAUCCACUAUCAGCCUUCAUUUUAUCACCUACAUGUGCAUUUCACAUAUUUGAAAUAUGAUGCACCAGGUAUUCAUGCAGAAAAAUCUCACAUUCUUUCGAGUGUUAUAGAUAAUAUUGACUUAAUGCCUGAUUAUUACCAAAAAGCAACACUUCCAUUUGUUGUGAAAGAAACAGAAAAUCUUUUUCUUGAGUAUGAAAGGAGGGGAAUUGUGAGAAAACUCUGAACAAACUUCC